AUGAGCCGAUACGCGCUGCUCGCCUGCUGCCUGCUGCUCGGCGCGCGCGCAGCCCCCCGCGCAGCCCCCCGCGCCCUCCGCGCAGCACCCGCCCUCGACGACAUAGACCUCGACGUCGUCGAGCCCGACGCGCCCCCCGCACCCCCCGCGCCCCUCGCCCCCGUCCCGGACGACCUGCAGCUGAAGCGCCUCGACGAGAACUCCAACGACUACAUCCCCGACCCCAACUCUGAGGGCGGCCAGAGGAAGGUGCCCCUCGACCUCAAGAACCCCGGGCCGCCGCAGCGCCAGGAGCACGAGACCCAGAACCCCGGCCACUAUGGCGGCCAGGAGCGCGCACUCAUCGCCAUCCAGGAGAAGCUGGACCGCGCGCGCGGCAUCUUCGAGGAGCAGAUCAGGAGCAUGUCCGCCAGCUUCGAUGCCCUCGUGCACGGCUCCGACAACCUGCCCGUCAUCCACGAGCAGGUGAGGCACCUCAAGACCUCGUUCUCGUCCCAGCUCGACGAGCUCAACGACACUAUCCAGACGUACGUCCAGCCCUGCGGCGAGGACCUCAAGACGAGCUUGCAGCCCGCCGACGAGCCCGCGGGCAUAGAGUCCAACCUGAAGGAAGUGCAGCAGAAUUUCGACAACGGCAUUAGCAUGAUAUCCGAGGGCCUCGAGCUGAUCUCCAUCCUGAAGGAGGAGGACGAGGCGGCCCUGAAGAUGCAGGCCAAGGACGACGCCGGGACCACCUCGACCACCACCCUCGCCCCCGCGACCGUCGCCCAGACCCAGGGCUUCUUCCAGAAUGCGUUCAACACGUUCAGCAACAUGAUGUCGAACAGUUUUCAGAAUUUUCAAAACGGAUUAUCCAAUCUGGCCGGCCAGGUGCAGCCCGCUGCACCGGCCGCCGCGCCGCCCGCCGCCGCCGGCGUGCAGGCGGACGCGCCGAAUGCGCCGGUCACUCAGCGACCGAUAGCUCAGGGUAUCCAAAACGUACAGAACUUCUUCUCGAAUAUUCUCAACCGGCCGCAGACGCCAGCCAUCCUGCAGCAGCCCAAUCAGCCGAGCAAUGCGGUGGGCGCCCAGCCCGCCCCGGCGCCGGCCAGUCCACCACAGCAGCAGGCCUCGCCCGUCCCCCAGGCCCAGCCCACAGCCCAGCCCCAGUCCGGGCCCAUCGCGCAGUUCAUUCAGAACAACCCCAUAGUCCAGCGCGUGACGAGCUUCCUCCGACCUCAACCGACGCCUCAGCCGGUGCCCCAGGCAACUCCACCGGUUGCCCAACCGUCGCAGCAGCCCGCCCAGCCGCAAGCCCAGCCCCUGACUCAACCCUCCGAGCCGCAAGCCCAACCGCAACCACCGAGCCAGCCCGCGAAGGCCCAACCUGCGGCUGAGGCCCAAGCGGCGCAACCGCAAGCGGCUAAACCACAGGCAGCGCAACCGCAAGCGGCCCAGCCACAGGCAGCACAACAGGUGGCCCAAACGGCCGCGGCGCAGCCUGGGCCCAUCCAGCAGAUAGUCCAGAAUAACCCCAUCAUCAGGGGUCUUCAGGCGGCCGUACAGCGCGUCCAGAGCCCCCGCCCUCAGGACCCCAGCAAGCCCAGGGAAAACGACGAGGAAAAAGGACACGGUGGCCACGGCGGCAACUACACCAACCAAGGCGAUAAUAACAUCGACAGCGGGGUAGCAGCCGGCGAGGUCGAGCACCUUGGACAAGAUGCAGUCACCCAGGAAGUAAAGGAACAGGAAAUCAAGGAGAGCCCAUCGGACGAAAAGACUGAAGCUUAGCUAUAGACUUUCUAUUUAUGUAAA